AUGAAGAAUGUCAACAACAGCAACACAAGACUCAUCCUCGUCCAGAAGCAGGGAAGCUCCAACCGCCUAUGGCUCCUCGCCUUCAUCUCCUUCUUGACCACGGCCUUCGUCGUCACCCUCAUUUGCACCAGGGAGUACUCCACAACCGCCGCCUCCGCCACCACCCCCACCUUUCCCUCCGCCGCCACCGCCUAUAGCAAUGCGCCUCUGCCAUCGACCGUCAUCAACACCCUCCUUCAUUACGCGUCCAAGUCCAGCGACUCUUUCCGCAUGUCCUUCCCCGAGCUCAAGCCCAUGUCGGAUGUCCUAUGGAAAUGCUCCUCCCCUUGCGACUUCCUAGGAGUUGGCCUCACUCGCGAGACCCUCCUCCGGAAAGCCCACAACCAUCACUCCCAAGCGAAGUACCGCAUAGAUGAAUUUCACCAUACCAUCAGGUGA